AUGGCAUAUCUUCAUCUUGCGCAUACGUUGGCAGAUGCUUUCAACGCCCUUGCUGAUGAAGUUCAGACCUUGACAGAUCGGAAGACUGUCUUGGAGCACAAGUUACGCUUUGCUCAUGAACAGUUCCAAUAUCUGGCUGACAAAUAUGCUCCGGCCGCGCCUGAAAUAGCCGAUACCCUGGCUAAGCUCCAGAUACCUCCAAAUACACCUCUUGAUAAUUCAUUGCCUGUUCCUCUACCUCUGCCAAGCUCGUACAGCUCCGGCUCCCAACAUCAGCUUGCCCUCGUCAUCCGUGACGGACGUCGAGUAGCUAAUCAGCUUGCCUCGCUAGGCGAAGCGAGUAAAACCACUGCCUCUAGCCGCGAGACUGAGUCGCAACCUUCCCACGUAGCCACCUCCAUGUCGACCGCGCUAGAACAAGACUUCACGGUCCAAGGAAAGAAGGGCCAUCUUCAAUGCCCGUUCUCCAAGCCCGCCACGGCCAGCGGCUCUGGGGCCCCCGAUGAUGAUGCGCAGGACACCACUCCGCACCACUCGGCGGACCCCAUCUGCGCAGCCAUGUACGAAGAAUCUACAUCUCAGCAAGCUCGCACAAAUGUCUCAUCGGCCAUCAAGUGUCCCAUUCGCUACAUGGAUAAGCACUCUCCAGAGGAGAUCGCACACUAUGUCGAGACGCAUAAGCAUGAACUCCCUCGCAGCCAUGAAGUUUGCCUCCGCCGGUACCAGCGUGACGAAGAUCAGAAGAAGAUAGAUUCUAAAUAUGGCGAUAUCGUGAGCAUGAUUGAGGGCUUGGGCCAGUUGCAUGCACCCAUGCUACCUGAAGCGGAGGACGAUCCGAAUCGACCAAGUGAUGUCGCCCAGCCUUCUAACGAGAGGGUUGAGAACUGGGCACAGGCUGUUAGCGUAAACUCGGAUCCCGACCACACUCAGGUGCCAACUCAGGAGGAUGGGGACCGGCAAAGCCACUUCGACCGACCGCUCAAGGAAGUACGAGUAGGAGAGUCCCCUAGUAGACCGUGGGGAAUAUCGAUUCCAGUCUUUGAGCUUUCAGGCCAAGACGAUGACCAGCAGCCUCUAUCACCACCACCGGCGCCAGUUUGUAUGCCAGUCUCAGCUCAAACCACACCUAGCGCCCAAGAAUCCACCAAAAAGACACCUGGCAAAUGUCCGUUCGACCAUACAAAGUUGGCAGCUAUGGGCAUAUCUAUGCCCUCGAACCAUGAUGCAUCAUCGGUACACAUCUCACACCAAGGACAAGAACAUCCCGGAUCCCUCUCGCCCACCAAGGACGACGGUGGCCCUCCUCCACCACCUCCCCAUCAACAUACAGCACCACCUCAACCUGCUUUUAUUAACCCUGAUAUGAUCAAGGGGACAAACAACGGACCGCAGAUGAUUUUCACGGGGCCUGUAUUCAUUGGCUAUCCAAUGGAACAGGCGAUGCAGUUCAUGAACCAAUACAGAGGAAAUCAAUGA